AUGAUCCAGGUGCUGCCAUUGGCGGCCUUUGUGCUUGCAAAAGAACAUCCUGCGGCUCAGGUACCUUUGGAGCCCAGCACAGCGCUGACCGCCGAGCCAUUGACCCUCGACAAUAUCCCUCUACUCGGUUACGGCACAUGGAAUCUGAAAGGAGACAACGUGUCCGAAGCGGUCUCGUGGGCCAUCCAAGCUGGCUACCGACACAUCGACUGUGCAGCCGCCUAUGGCAACGAAGACAAGGUGGGCCGCGGUAUUGCUGAUGGGUUGGCACAGACUGGCCUUAGUCGGGAGGAUCUGUGGGUGACGAGCAAGUUGUGGAAUGAUCAUCACGGCUUGAACGCCCCCGAAAGUGCCAUCGACACAACACUCCAGAAGCUCGGUGUCGGCUAUCUCGACCUCUACCACAUGCAUUGGCCAGUCACUCAGUCGAGCCUUGGCUCGCGCUCCGUCGAAUACCGCGAUACAUGGGCUGCUAUGGGCCUUCUGCUCGAGAAAGGCAAGACUCGGCACAUUGGGGUGUCCAACUUCGAUCCAGAGCAGCUUAAGGAUCUUCUGAACCACACAAGCCACCCCCCAAGUGUGCACCAGAUGGAGAUGCAUCCUUAUCUGCAACAGAAUGAGUGGCUCGGGCUUCAUCAAAAGCACGGUAUCCAUGUAACCGCUUACUCUCCGCUGGCGGGCUCAAACCCGACAUACGAUCCCGGGAACCCAGUCCAGCUUCUCAACAACACAGUCAUCACAAAGAUCGCUUCCAAGCGUGGUUGUACGCCAGCCCAGGUUGCGCUCGCUUGGGGCAUGGCCAGAGGGACUUCCGUCAUACCUAAGAGUCAGAACAAGGAGCGCAUUCUAGAGAACUUCGGAAGCCUCAAGUGCGAGCUGAAGAAGAAGGAUCUUGCGAAGAUCGAUGCGCUUGGUAAGGCGCACCAUCGCUACAACAACCCUGCAAAGGCAUGGAAGGUUGAUCUGUAUGUGGGAUUGGAGGAUUCCAAAGGCAAGCAUGAGCUGCAUGAGUAA